GCACCAGACAUGGGACACACAACACAACGUCCUGGGUGACUUUAUACUCAGUAGAUAGUACUCCACGGUUAUAUUCUUCUUCUGAAGUCUGUGCCCUGGUGGUGACCCCUACGAGGGGUGAAGAGAAGGAUCAUGGGUACGGGCAGUCAAGUCCGAUUGCUGCUGUGGAAGAACUGGACACUUCGCAAGAGACAGAAGAUCCGGUUCUUCAUGGAGAUAAUGUGGCCAGUGGUUCUGUUCAUUGGACUAGUGUGGCUGAGAAGUGCUAACCCUUUAUAUCGCCAACAUGAGUGUCACUUUCCCAACAAGGCCAUGCCCUCGACUGGCAUCCUUCCAUGGAUCCAGGGAAUCUUCUGCAACGCCAACAACCCAUGCUUCCAGUACGCUACCAGGGGAGAGGGCCUCGGACUCGUCUCCAACUACAACGAUUCCAUACUGGCUCGGUUCUACUUGGACACCCAGGAGCUUCUGCUGAGUGACCCAGAGUUCCUGCAGCUUGGUCGGCUCUGGAGGGAACUGUUCACCAUGAGCACCUUCAUGGACACCCUGCGGACCAACCCAGAACAGGUCUCAGGUCGAGGGCUGAAGGUAGAGGACAUUCUGAAGGAUGAUGAGACCCUGACGUCCUUUCUCCUAAGGGAUGUUCCUCUGUCAGAGGAUGUGGUCAUUGAGCUGGUCAAUGCCAAGAUCAGGCCUGAGCAGUUUGUGUUUGGCGUCCCUGACCUCCACCUGAAGGACAUUGCCUGCAGUCAGACCCUGCUGGAGCGCUUCAUCAUCUUCCCCAGCCGCAGGGGGCUGUACAGGGUGCACAGCGCCAUUUGUGUCCUCACACCACAGAGACUACAGACCAUAGAGGACAGGCUCUACGCCAACGUGGACUUCUUUAAACUCUUCCGUCAGCUUCCCCGGGUGUUGGAUAACCACUCCAACGGCGUCGACCUAAACUUCUGGGCCAGAGUACUCUCCGCCGCCUCCGAAAAGCUGCGAGAGUUGUCAGAGAGGAACAGCUCCAGAGCGCUGGUGGAGGUGAUGUCCCCCCUGCUCCAGACCCAGGGGCCCCAGGGGGGCUCUCCCCCGUCUUUCAGCCAGCUGAUGGGGGCUGUGUCCAGCCUGGUGUGUGGCUACAUGGAGGGGGCCUUCUCUCGGGUGGCCUCCUUCAACUGGUAUGAGGACAACAACUACAAGGCCUUCAUGGGGAUCAACGAUAGCACCCGGGGAGGACAGGGACAGUACACUUACGACCACACCGCCACUCCGUUCUGUAAUGAUCUGAUGAAGGAGCUAGAGUCCAAUCCCAUCACCAGGAUCAUGUGGAGCUCUGUCAAGCCCAUGCUGAUGGGGAAGAUCCUCUACGCACCCGACUCCCCAGCCGUCAGAAAGAUAAUCAGAAAUGCCAACACCACAUUUGAGGAGCUGGAGAGGCUGAGGACCAUGGGUCGGGCCUGGGAGGAGGUGGGUCCUCAGGUUUGGGCCUUCUUCCAGGACAGCAUUCAGAUGAACAUGAUCAGGGACACCAUAAGGAAUCCCACGGUGAGGGACUACAUUGACAGGAGUCUACAGGACACAGAGUUCUCCUCUAAACACAUCCUCAACUUCCUGUACAACGGGCCAAUAGAAGACAGGGACUACGACAUUGCCAAUUUUGAUUGGAGGAAUGUCUUCAACCUCACAGACCAAGUCAUCCGUAUGAUGAACCAGUAUGGAGAGUGUCUGAUCCUGGAUAAGUUCUCUGGGCUGAACAAUGAGGAGCAGAUGACCCACAGAGCUCUGAGUCUGAUGGGGGAGAGUAAGUUCUGGGCUGGCCUGGUCUUCAUGGACACCUACCCCUGGACCACCAAGGUUCCACCCCACGUCCGGUUUAAGAUCCGCAUGGACAUCGACGCAGUGGAGCGCACCAAUAAGAUCAAGGACAGAUACUGGGACCCUGGUCCUAGGGCGGACCCCAUGGAUGAUCUGCGCUACGUGUGGGGGGGCUUUGCCUAUCUGCAGGACAUGAUAGAGCAUGGCAUCAUCAGGACCCAGACAGGCAAGGACUGGCCCAUCGGUGUCUACCUACAACAGAUGCCCUACCCAUGCUACGUGGACGACCUCUUCAUGCUGACAUUGAACCGUUGCUUCCCCAUCUUUAUGGUGCUGGCGUGGGUCUACUCAGUGUCUAUGACCGUGAAGAGCAUCGUCUUGGAGAAGGAGCUCAGGCUCAAGGAGACCUUGAAGACCAUGGGGGUCACCAACGGGGUUCUGUGGGUCACAUGGUUCAUAGACAGCUUCCUCAUGAUGGCUGCCAGCACUGCCCUGCUCACUGGGAUCAUUAUGGGUGGUAAGGUGUUGAACUACAGCAACCCCCUGAUCCUGUUCCUGUUUCUUCUAACCUUCACCACGGCCACCAUCAUGCAGUGUUUCCUACUCAGUGUCUUCUUUAACAAGGCUAACCUGGCUGCAGCCUGCAGCGGUAUCAUCUACUUCACCCUCUACCUGCCCCACAUCCUCUGCUUCGCAUGGCAGGACCGCAUCACCAAGGAUGACAAGAUCAUGGCAAGCCUGAUGUCCCAAGUGGCGUUUGGCUUUGGGACAGAGUACUUGUCCCGUUAUGAGGAGCAGGGUCUGGGUCUGCAGUGGGACAACAUCCAGACCAGCCCUCUGGAGGGGGAUGAGUACUCCUUCCUCACCUCCAUCUCCAUGAUGGCCCUGGAUACUGUACUCUACGCCGUCCUUGCCUGGUACCUCGACAACGUCUUCCCAGGGCAGUAUGGAAUUGGUCGGCCAUUUUAUUUCCCCAUCCUGCCCUCCUAUUGGCUCAAUUCCAGACCCCCAAAGCCAAAAGAGUUGGAGAAACCCAGGUUUGACAACCUGGUAAACCAGACUGAAGAGAACCAGAAGACCAAUCAUGUACCAGGUGACGACCAGAACACUAAGGCACCAGAUGAGGAGCUUCCAUCCUGCAAACACCAGGACAAACGAGAGAGGCUGGGGAAGGGGAAAACAGAAGAGGAGGAGGAGGAGGAGAAGAACCAGGAGGAAAAACAAAAUGGAGAAAAAGAGGGUCAGCCCAGUCAUGCCUACUUUGAGGGGGAGCCAGCAGGGCUGGUGGAGGGUGUGUGUGUUCAGAACCUGGUCAAGGUGUUUGGCAGGGGACAAAAGCCUGCAGUAGACGGACUGAGCAUCACAUUCUAUGAGAGCCAGAUCACUGCUUUCCUGGGGCACAAUGGAGCUGGGAAGACCACCACCAUGUCUAUCCUGACGGGGAUGUUUCCUCCCACCUCGGGGACAGCCUCCAUCUAUGGGAAGGACAUCCGGACAGACAUGGACACCAUCAGGCACUCUCUGGGCAUGUGUCCCCAGCACAACAUCCUCUUUCACCAUAUGACCGUAGAAGAACACAUCCUGUUCUACAGCCUGCUGAAGGGAAGGUCUCUGUCUGAGGCUCAACUGGAGGUAGAGAACAUGCUGGAGGAUCUGGGCCUGCCGCACAAGAGAGACGAGGAGGCACAGAACCUCUCAGGCGGCAUGCAGAGGAAGUUGUCUGUUGCCAUGGCGUUUGUAGGCGGUGCCAAGGUGGUGAUUCUGGACGAGCCCACGUCGGGGGUGGACCCCUACUCCAGACGAUCUAUCUGGGACCUGCUGCUCAAGUACCGAUCAGGACGUACAGUGAUUCUGUCCACUCACCACAUGGACGAGGCUGACCUGUUGAGUGACCGUGUGGCCAUCAUCUCUCAGGGUCGUCUUCACUGCUGCGGCUCCCCGCUCUUCCUCAAGAACUGCUUCGGUGCCGGCUUCUACCUCACCCUGGUUCGACGCAUGAAAUACGAGGAACCCAAGGCCAAGAUGAAGUGUGACUGUACUGAUGAGUGUUCCUGUAAGUGCUCCACCUGUACCACGUACAAAGAAGAGUUACGUCAAGCCAAAACCCCGGACAGACAGUUGGACGGUGACUUGUCAAGCAUCACAGGGCUGGUCCACCACCAUGUCCCAGAGGCUCGUUUGAUCGAGGCUAUCGGCCAGGAGUUGACCUACCUGCUGCCCAACCAGGGCUUCCAGCCCAGGGCCUACGCCUCCCUCUUCAGAGAGCUGGAGGAAACCCUCUCUGACAUCGGCCUCAGUAGCUUCGGGGUCUCCGACACAUCACUGGAGGAGAUAUUCCUGAAAGUGACAGCGAAUGGUGAAGCCAAAUCUGGCAAAACUGAACAAGAGGCAGACGGGGUGACCCAGGCCAACAGGCAGGGGCAUUCUGGGGGCUUGGAGGGCAGCGAGGGGCGGGGCUCUGGACAGGUCAAAGGUGUCUGUCUGGUCCUGAAACAGUUAUUUGCCCUGCUCAUCAAACGGUUUCACCACGCCACAAGAUCACAUAAGGACUUCUUUGCUCAGAUAGUUUUGCCUGCCAGUUUUGUGUUCAUAUCACUGAUGUUCACUACGAUCGUACCUCCAUUUGGAGAGUACCCCAGCCUGACCCUUAGUCCCUGGAUGUAUGGACGACAGUUCACCUUCUUCAGUAACGAGCGUACCCUGGACCCUGAGAUGAGGUACUUUGGAGAGGUGCUGCUAAACAAGCCUGGAUUUGGGACUCGCUGCAUGGUGGAUGAACCUCUAGAGGAUUUCCCAUGUAAUAACAUCACAACAGAGUGGGAGAUGCCGCUGGUGAACCCUGCUCUGAUAGACAUGUUGGAUGGACCAGAGUGGACCUCAGUUAACCCCUCCCCAGGCUGCCAGUGUAGUACCCCUAGGAAACUCACAAUGCUGCCUGUCUGCCCUGAGGGAGCAGGGGGGCUUCCACCACCACAGAGGAUCCAGUCGACAGGUGAUGUUCUGGUGGACCUGACAGGCAGGAAUAUCUCUGAUUAUCUGGUGAAGACUUACCCCUCCCUCAUCAAGGCCAGUUUGAAGAGCAAAUACUGGGUGAAUGAACAAAGGUAUGGAGGUAUAUCUGUGGGUGGACAGCUUCCUGUGUUAGAUGUGGACCCUAAGACCAUCCAGGACGCAGCAUCACAGCUGGGGCGACUGCUUAAUGUUACUGGGGGUAAAUACUCCAAACAAACUCUUAAGGACAUUGGAACCUUCCUUCGAUACAUGGAGAGUGAAUACAAUGUCAAGGUGUGGUACAACAACAAGGGCUGGCAUGCCAUGGUGGCCUUCAUGAACGUGGCCAACAACGCCAUCCUUAGAGCCAACCUGCCCAAAGAUGCCAGCCUGGAUGUAUACGGCAUCACCACCAUCAACCACCCUCUCAACCUUACCAAGGAACAAUUGUCUGAAGUCACUGUCCUGAGCACCUCAGUGGAUGUGAUGGUGGCUAUUUGUGUGAUCUUCGCCAUGUCCUUCGUCCCAGCCUCCUUUGUCCUCUACCUCAUCCAGGAGAGGGUGACCCAGGCCAAACACCUCCAGUUCGUUAGCGGGGUCAGUCCCGUCAUCUACUGGAUGGCCAACUUCCUCUGGGACAUGGUGAAUUACUCUAUCAGUGCAGCACUGGUGGUGGGUAUUUUCAUGGUCUUUGACAAGAAGUGCUACACGUCGCCAACCAACCUCCAACCCCUGAUAACCCUGCUCAUGCUCUAUGGGUGGUCUGUGACGCCCAUGAUGUACCCCAUGUCCUACAUCUUCAGUAUUCCCAGCACAGCCUACGUCUCUCUGUCCUGCAUCAACCUGUUCAUUGGCAUCAACAGCAGUGCCAUCACCUUCAUCCUUGACCUGUUUGACAGCACAGCGGCUCUGUAUAAGUGUAACCAGCUGCUGAAGAAGAUGCUGCUGAUCUUCCCCCACUACUGUCUUGGCCGGGGUCUAAUCGACAUGGCUAUGAACCAGGCUGUUACUGAUGUCUAUGCCCGCUUUGGUGAGGACUUCAGUCUGGACCCGUACAGUUGGGACUUUGUAGGAAAGAACCUGGUCUUCAUGGCUGUUGAGGGCUUUGUCUAUUUCAUCAUGAACAUACUGAUCCAGUACCGCUUCUUCCUGGAUCACUGGAUUACAGAUUGUAAGAAGGAUCCCAUCAUGGAGGAAGAUGUGGACGUGGCCCAGGAGAGAGAACACAUCUAUAAUGGUGGAAGCAAGAACGACAUCUUAAAGAUUAGAGACCUCACCAAGACAUACAUGGGGAAGACUAAGCCAGCGGUGGACAGGAUCUGUGUGGGAGUGUCACCUGGGGAGUGCUUUGGGCUCCUGGGUGUGAACGGAGCAGGGAAGACCACCACCUUUAAGAUGCUGACCGGAGACACUGAUGUCAGCUCAGGAGAAGCCUCUGUCACUGGUCACAGCAUCCUGACCAAUAUCCUGGAUGUGCACCAGAACAUGGGCUACUGCCCCCAGUUUGAUGCCAUAGAUGAGCUGCUGACUGGCAGAGAGCACCUCCAUCUGUAUGCCCGCCUCAGAGGGGUGCCUGAGUCCGAGAUCAGCAGGGUGGCAGACUGGGCCAUUCAGAAGCUGGGUCUGGCUGAAUAUGCUGGCCACACAGCCGGGACCUACAGCGGCGGCAACAAGAGAAAACUAUCCACGGCCAUCGCCAUGAUCGGCUGUCCUCCACUGGUCCUGCUGGACGAGCCCACCACUGGCAUGGACCCCCACUCACGUCGUUUCCUGUGGAACUCCAUAAUGAGUGUAAUCCAGGAUGGCCGAGCAGUGGUCCUCACCUCACACAGUAUGGAGGAGUGUGAGGCUCUGUGUACCCGUCUGGCUAUUAUGGUCAAUGGAACCUUCCAGUGUCUUGGUACCAUCCAGCACCUCAAAUACAAGUUUGGUGAUGGUUAUGUGGUCACCAUGAAGAUCCAGGCCUCCACAUCAGGUUGUCCCCCAGACCUGAACCCAGCCGAGGCCUUCAUGGAGAGCACCUUCCCUGGCUGUGUCCAGAGGGAGAAACACUACAACACUCUGCAGUAUGAAAUCGCCUCUUCCUCCUUGGCUAGGAUCUUCCAGCUGGUCCUGGCCAACAAGGACUGCCUCAAUAUAGAGGACUACUCCGUCUCCCAGACAACACUAGAUCAGGUGUUUGUGAACUUUGCGAAGCAGCAGUCAGGAGAGGAUGAUGGCAUGGUGCUGCACCCGAGGGCCGCUGGGGCACGGAGAAAAGAAAUUAAGGUCACACCCCUAAGUUGUCUGGGGAAAUGAAACGUCCCUCCCCACACACGCACACAGACACACACACACACGUAAAACACACGCACACACCUACACACAUGCACGCGUAAACAUACACACACACACACCAGAAACCCAGACAGGAAGAGUUGUCUGGAGAAUUGAACGCUCCCAGAAGACUAAGUGGAGGAUAGUGGAGGGAGGUUGACUAGUUGGUGACACUACUGGUGACUGGUGAGAGACUGAUUGAAAGAGGAAACAUUCCCAGCAGUUGCAGCGCUACAUUUCUGCAAGAAAAUUGUAACAUUGAACUGUUACCAAAAACAAUGCCUGUAUUCGCUUCAUAUGCUCUUAUAAUGCCAAGGAAGAUGAUCUGUUUUGUUUGGCCUUUGGUUUUGAUAAAUGAAAAUCUACUAGUGCAAUAGAGACUUUGACUGUAAAAAUGCAUUUGCUGCUAUUGAAUUCAUAUUGAAAUGAUGAUGUGAUUUUGUAAGCCUAUAUAUACUGUUCAAACAUUGCGCUUCCUUGUGUGUAUACAAUUUUGAAGUUCUAUGUAAAUGGCAGAUCAAUUAUUAGUUUGCUAAUCAGAGAUUAUACAUAAAAAAUAACAUUAAAUUGUCUCUGCGAUAAUAAUAAUUUCAAAUAAAUAUUUUCUGUAAACAUCGACUGAUUCUUUGUGAAAUAUGCAUGACUCCUUUUAGAUGAAUUGACAUGAUAGAAGACUUGUAUAUUUUAAAUGAUCAACAUGAUUUAUUUGUUAUGUACACUUUAUACAAGUUUGGCUGUAAUUUGUACAGUAUGUAACAGUACCUUUUACAUCUAGUAACUCCUGAGAAUUUGUCAGAUUGUAGUUAUAUUGAACAAUAUAUAAAGUAAUAAAUCAGUGAAUUAUCCUCAAUCGUCUCACAAAGUUAAAAUCAUCAGGUUGCUCGUUACAUUCAAACAUGUACAGCUUCAUUGUAGAGGGGGGAAAAAAUCUGCUUUAAAACUUAGAACAUCUGCUAAAGUUUUAUUUUCCAUUUUCCUGGCUCUAGAACACUUCUCAGUUAACACACUCCGCUUUCCCUACUCUACUUACUCUGCAAAUACUGAAAAUAGCCCCGUUACACGUCAGCCAUAAUAAAUAUUGUUCCUGAAGACUUCCUAAACAGGUAUAUCAUAUCAAGUUACAUACACACAUUUCCUCUAGCAAAU